AUGGAGAAUCGAGUAGAUCGACUUGAAGCGAAAGUUCACUCAUUAAUUAUUAGGCAAAAGAUGAUAAUGAAAAAGAUGCAUGAAUUAUUUCUUGCCAUGAAUUCUCGCUUUAAUCAGUUAAUGGCCGAACAAGGUCAUUAUCAUGAGGAAGACGAAUGGUCGACCCAUCACAAUGAAGGAGGUAAACAUAAAGGCCACCCAUCUUGUGUUUCUGUUGGAUCAGCUAACCCUCUAACUAGCACAAUUUCAAAGCUAGAUUUCUCAUUAUACUAUGGCAACGAAGGUCCCACGGCCACAUUGAUUUGCCAAGCCAAGCAAAAUACAUCAAUUGAUCAUCCAUCAAGUAAUCAUAAAAUAAAAUGCUCUGCUGAUGAGAAGUUGAAGAAGUGUUCCACUGGGACAAGGCUAAAGGUCAACUGCAAGAGAAUCAAAGGUUCGCAUUGCCUUUGGUGUACCUAUGUAGAAGUUCCUCUUCUUGAAGGCAUAACACAAAAGACUAAAUUUUGGGAGUCGAUGGACUCAAACUUGCAACCAACAGAUUGCAAGGUAUGCCUAGGAAUUGUUUAUGACCUUGCCUAUUAGAAGGACGAGCAAUUGAUGGAGUAUGUUCACACUGCUCAUAUAAAUCUAGCUUUCUGGAUCAUUAGCGUGGGUAUUUUUGGAGUCUAUGAAGCCAAAUAUCUCCUUGAUUGUUACAAGGACAAGGAAGUGGGUUGGCCGCCUCCCAAUGUACAUGAUAAAUCAAACUUUGAGGAUAAAGUUUAUUGAAAAGGGAAAUGGAAUGUUAUGUGCACAUUUUUAAUAUAUUUUUAUGUAGCAUUUGAG